AUGUCAAAACGAAUCUCCCAUAAAGGUCCAGAACCUCUCACACCACGCACUUCUUAUUCAAACAAACUCGAAAUCGAGGAAGAGCUUUUGCUAGACCUGACUAUGAAUUUUGAUCCUUUUACUAUAAGUUCUUUAAAAAUAGAAUUUGAGAGCAGAAAUGGAGAGCUGAAACUAGAAGAGUUCGUUGUUAUAAUAAGAAACUAUUUAAAACACUGAAAACCGACUUUACAAAACAGAGAUAAAGUUAUAGUAAAGCUACUAUUGCAACUUUCAAGAGAUAUUGAUAUGAAUGGAAACGGUAGAUUAGAUUGGGAUGAAUUUAUGGGUCUAUAAAUUAGUCAAAAUUGAAUUCUUUAUUUCCUGCCUAAUAGCACAAUUUUUUUUAUAGACAUAGCAUUUUUAAAAAAACUAUUAAAGUUUUUUUAAAACUGAGAAAAUUGAUAAUUAAAUUUACGAAUUACAUAAUAGAAAAAGCUACAACACUGAAUGCAAUGAAAAAAACAAGGGUCGAUUCCAUAAAAAACUACUCUUUAAGUUCUGUAAAGCCUGCUUACAACUCUGAAGGAAUUAUUGAAAAGUUAAUAAACCUAGAAGCUUUAGACAGAAUUGGAGUAAUUGAAGAUUAUUCAAAUAUCGUGAAAUUUUACCACCCAGAGACAGGACAAGUAAUGGGCAGAGAUUUACAGGUAAAAAAUGAAGAAUCACAAUAUAUAGGUGGAGAAAAGGACGGUAUACCAUAUAGAGGACCUAAAAAAGCUAUAGUCCAUAACGCCAUUUUUUUACCUGAGCCAGAAUACCAAUUUUUACUUACAAGCUGCAAUGAUGGAACCAUCAGGACUUGGUGUUCAAAUGGGUCCAAUUUUCAUUCCCUCAACUAUAAGGGCGGAUACCCAAUUCUUUAUGCAAAAAGUCCCCAAAGAAGCAUGGCCUGAAACAGCAGCCACGGAAUUUUAUAUUCCGGAGACAAUACCGGGGCUAUAAACAUAUGAAAUUUUGAAGAAAAAAAGAGAAAUGAGCCUAUAAAAGUGUUAAAAGAAGGCCAUGAAGAUAUGGUCACAGACUUAAUAGCAGUCCCCAAGCUUGAAUUUUUGUUUUCUUGCUCACAAGACCGCAGAGUGAUUCUUUGAGAUAUGAUUUCUGCAACACCUCGAAGGAUUUAUGGGAGCCAUACAAAAGGUGUGCUAAAUCUUGCAUUUAAUUCUGAAUAUCGACUAUUGUUUUCAGCUGGUUUUGAUCAUGAUAUUUAUGUAUGAAAUCCAUAUAUAGACACUGUUGCAUUUAAAAUAGAAGGCCACAAUUCUUCAUUAGUAGGAGUUAAAGUUUUGCCAGACAGUCCACAGGUGAUAUCUGCUGAUAUAGAUGGCUGGGUAAAGGUAUGGGAUAUUCGAAACCUCAGCUGUGUACAAACUUUUAAUUUAGAAGAAAAACAGUCAGGCACCCGUUUUUCUUUAUCCUAUUUUUAAUGAAUUAUUUUUUAUUAUAUAAGCUAUAUAAAUAUUCAAUGGAAAUUUAGAUAUCAGAUUUUACCUUCCUAAAAAAACAAGAAAGGAUCGUUUUCGGUGGGAAAGGACUCGCUUUUUAUGACUAUGAUAAAAAUCUAAACCCAAAUUUCGUGGACGACGGUAUGCCUCUAGCUUCAUUUUACACCCCAAACUACUACAAAUUUAUUACCCCUAUCACAAAUAAAGUCAAAGUUUGGAACGCCUUCACAGGAAAGCCUGAAAACAUGUACGCAGCAUCAGCCGAAAGCGAAAUCUCUUGUGUAGAAAUUGAUGGGUGAGAAAAAAGAGUUUUUAUUGGGGAUAUAAAAGGCCACACAAGUGUAUACAAUAUAAAAAACGGUGCAUUAAUGAAGCAGCUCACAGACCACAAAGGAGAAGUCAACUGUAUAGCGAGCUCAGAAAAAGCUCAAUAUAUAGCGACUGGAUCAUUAGAUAUGACAAUUGUGAUACAUGAAGACAAAUCAUUAAGCGACUCAGUUGUGCUGCAAACUAUUGAUAACUUAGGGUGCGUAAUACCAGUUAUCAAGUUUGCGUAUUAUUUAGAAAUUUUAAUUAUUGGGACUAGUGAAGGGGUAAUUCAUAUUUGGGAUACUGAAGACGCAACUUAUGCAGGCCAGCCAAUGGUGCAUCAAGGAGAGCUCACAGUAAUACAAGUUAUUGAUAGAAUGCCGCUUAUUAUUGCUUGUGAUUCUCUUGGAGAAGUUAUCUUGUGGGCACUACACCCUCUACCGUAUAAAUAUUUCAAAAUAUUUUCCUAUACAAAUAGAGAUCUUGAUGGAAUUACUUCUGUGGUCCAAUUAAACUUAAACGAUUAAAUUGGCAUAAGUGGGCAAGCCCACUAGCCUUUGCUUAGUGUUGGCUCCAAAAUAACAGCCUUCAUCACAAAGGUCACCAUUUAGAUUUUCAAAUCUGAACCACCAGUCCAAGGGAUCACCUCCUCAGGAUAGAGUCACCGCCUGUAGAGUGCUCCGAUGAUCCCGACAAGGAAAGACUAUAUGGUAGACAAAAUUGGUCUAGCCUACAUGGCAUGGACAGGAAAACCUUCGGAGAGCAACAAAACUUCCUAAAGGCAAGGCAUCCCUAAGCCUGAAGGCCUACUUCAAAAAGGACAGAACCCUAUUUUCAGCUUCAUCAGGAUGAACCCUGCCUGUUCCGUAGGAGUGCGCCUCAGAGACCAAUUUCCAUCAAAAUCACACCAUUUUAUUUCUCCUGUGGUCCAAGGGAUUUCUUAUUUAUUGCCUAAACAUAUACUAUUUACAGGUGAUGACCGAGGAAAUUUUCAAGCCCUCUCAUUUAAAGGAAUAAUUGAUAUCCUUGAUAUCGAGCCAUUAUCUACUGAUGGAAGGGAAAACAAAAUGAUGUCAUUGGUAAAUAAAUCUAUAUUGGCAGCCCCAGAUAUCCCUAAUGAUACGCUUGUAGUCUUAUUUUCAAUAAAACUUCAUACAGAGUGUAUUAGACAUGUAUUUUUAAUCAGAGAAAAUGAGACCAUUAUUACUACAAGCUAUGAUAAAACUGCGAAAAUUAUUUCAGCUGAAGAUGGAAGGGUAGUUGGGUGCUUGCAACAAGGAAUGGGGACUAUUAAAAACAAAGUCCUUUCUAAAAAAGAGCUGGAACACCACGUCCCUUGGCAUUUUUAUUUAGAUGUUAAUAAAUUUAUUAAAAGAGAUGAAGAAGAAUUCAAAGAAAUUUAUGAAAAGUUACAAAAAAAAGAAAAAGUGGUAGGACAAGUAACUUUUGAAGAUCCGAGGGUUUAUGAAGAAGCGAGGAACUUCAUAACUCCACAAAAUGCAGUGAAACUUAGCAGCGAUUUUGACUAUGAUCAUGGGAAUCAUCAAUUUAGCAUAACAAGCCCAAGAGUAGCUGCACUAGCAACAAAGAAAAAAGAAGAUAUAUGCCAAUCUAUAGUAAAUAAUGACUAAUUUAUUAUAUUCACUAUGGACCAAUACUAAUAAACAAGAGAAAUAUUUAUUCAUUAAAACUGGGUAUAACCAAACAAUAUACUGUAAAAAAUGCAAAAAAUGGGCUCAUGACUUUUGACUUGUUGCUUCAUAAAGUCAGUAAGGUAGAAAAGCAGAAAGAGCUUGCAAAAAUGCAAAGACAAGGAACUCUAGCUAGAAGAAAAAAGCAAAAAAACAGCAGCGUGGAUUGGACUGAAGCUCCUACAAUAAGUAGCAAAGGAAGAAUCCCUUCACUGCCUUCUCUUUCCCGCAUGUAUCGGGAAAAUGACGUCCCAUUCAAAAAGAAAAUUAACCACGCAGCUUUAAAGUCAGCUGCAGACCUCGCCAAAGCGCUAGGUGAGCCUUUCUUUUAG